GCGAUCGACACUGGAAAUUUCAAACAUUCGAAGGGCGCACGGCUGUUCCUGAACUAAUCCGGUAGUUUGAGCAGCUGUGGCGAAUAAGUGGACGGCUGUUCCUGUCCCAAAGGGGUAAUUUUAACAGUUCGGAGGUUCGACAGGGAUUUGAAGUGGAUCUACUGGAGGGGUACAACACGACCCCACCAACCCAUGGAGCCCACAUGGAUGGCAACCUGCCAACUGCUGCUUAGGAAUACCGCGCUGGAAAAAUUCUUUGCAAGAUAUCUCUCGAUCGAAGAAGGCGUAGUAGCAGCUCGAGCUGUCUUCAACAGUAUAUAAGGCUCAAUUCCCUCUCCGCCAUCCGCAUUACUUCUCUCCAAAACCGACGUCACCACUUCCAUCCCAUCUAUUUACCCGCCGCCGCAUAACAAAAACACACCUCCCCUCUCUCCAAUCCAUUCCAGCUUUCCUUCCCCUCCCUCAAGCAACAAACAAUGUCCAAAAACAUCGCCCUAAUCGGCAGCGGCAUCUUCGCCAAAGAAGAGCACCUCCCCGCGAUCCGCGCGACGCCCUCGCUGGCACUCAAAGCGAUCUACUCGCGCUCGCUCGCGUCGGCGCAAGGCCUCGCUUCCGACGACGCGGCCGUCGAUUUGUACAGCGAGGACCAGGAGGGGCGGACGUAUGAGGAGUUGCUGAAGCGGGAUGACAUUGUUGGUGUGGUGAUUGCAUUGCCCAUACUGGUGCAGCCCGAGUACAUCAAAAAGGCCCUAUCAGCAGGCAAGCACGUCCUAGCCGAGAAGCCCAUCGCCAAAGACAUCGCGACCGCGACCGAGCUGGUGUCCUGGUACCGCGGGCACGCCAGCGGCGUCACGCUCGGCAUCGCCGAGAACUUCCGCUUCCUCGACUCCUUCCUGUAUGCCGCAUCUCAAAUAUCCACGCUCGGUCGGGUGCUUGGCUCGCGAACGCGCAUGCACGCGUUAGUAUCGCCCGGCGCGAAAUACUACGAGACGGCGUGGCGGAAGAAGCCCGAGUACCAGGGCGGCUUCCUGCUGGAUGGCGGUGUGCAUUUUGUUGCUGCGACGAGGUUGAUGCUCGCGGGUGGGAAUGUGAAGGUUGUGAAGACUAGUGCGUUCACGACGCAGCUGCGGGAGCAUUUGCCGCCCGUGGAUACCGUGGAUGCGACAUUGCAGAUGAGCAAUGGGGCGAGCGGGACGAUUUCGAUAUCGUUUGGGACGACAUUUUCCGGGUCGGAGUAUGCGGUUGCGUGUGAGAAGGGGACGGUUACAGUGUCGAAGGGUAAAGUGACAACCAAGAGGGAUGGGAAGGAAGAGGUGAAGGACUUCCCCGACGAGGGAAAUGGCGUCAAGCAGGAAAUCGUUGCGUGGGCGAAGGAACUGGGCGAGGGAAAGACGGACGAGAGGCAGAGUCCCGAGGAGGCGCUGAGGGAUCUGGAGAUUCUGGAGGCGAUGCUGAAGAGCGGAGAGCAGGCUGGUGCGCCGGUGGAGCUCAAGCUCUGAGAGCCGGUCAAAGCUUCCACCAAAAGGCGGAAGAAGGCCGCGGGUUCUUACUGAGGUCCUCUCUCCGCUCCGAAUUGUUAAGCAGUGUCGGCGUCAUAUAGCACCGAUUAUGAGGACCGGGUAUGCAGGUCCCGGAAGGCAGCAAUGAAACAACAGACUUGACAGCGCUGAGACCCGAGCUUGCACGACGGCAGCGGCCGUGUUGUUGUGACGAUAAGCAUUCACUCAAGGAUUUAUCGAAACACGGCAUUAGCGGCUGACACCGCAGCUCAUGCCCCUGCGCUGGCGGCCACCGGCUCGUCUGACGUGGUAUCCGUCUUAGUGGCGUUCUUCAC